CCUGUGGAGGAGUCUUCACUUCACCAACUGGAAUGAUCCGGUCUCCCUAUUUCCCCGAACCUUAUCCCAGUAACAGGGAGUGUGAAUAUUUCAUAAAUCAGCCAGCUGGAACUAGGGUGACCUUGACAUUCAACACCUUUGACAUUGAGGGAGGACCCUCUGAGGGAAAUUGUGCAUAUGACUAUUUAGAGGUUCGGGAUGGAGGUUCAAGUAGUUCCCCUGUAAUGGGAACAUUUUGUGGCCCGCAAGUACCGGACCCUCAGACAACAACCGGAAAUCUUAUGUAUCUAAAGUUUGUUACAGACGGGUCGGUUCAGAACCUAGGAUUUGAGGCGACGUACGAAGCUGGCGAGGGCGGAUGUGGAGGCCAACUCACUGAUGAAACAGGAAGUAUUCAAUCUCCUGGCCAUCCUAAUGUAUAUCCACAUGGAGUGAACUGUUCGUGGAGUAUUCUAGUACAGCCCGGUCUUGUGGUGCGAUUUACCUUUCAUACAUUUAGUAUAGAGCAGCAUCCAAAUUGUAUCUACGAUUCGGUGGCCCUGUACGAUGGUUCCAGCACAGAUGAGUCCAAUCUGAUUGGACGGUAUUGUGGUUCAUCCAUGCCACCUGUUGCCACAACAACCAACAACAUGAUGACCAUACAGUUUAUAUCCGAUGAAAGUGUAUCAACAGAAGGUUUCUCGGCAUCGUAUGUUGCCUUGAAUGCUUCUACAUUAUGCGGCAAUGAUUAUACUGAUGCCACUGGGGUGAUUACAAGUCCAAAUUUUCCCAACGGUUAUCCACAUCAACGAGAGUGCACAUGGACUAUAACAGCACCAGAAGGGAACCAGAUUCUUAUCAAUGUAACAGACUUCAACUUGGAAAGUCAUCCGAAUUGUAACUAUGAUUACCUAGAAAUCAGAAAUGGUGGUUUCCCCAGUUCGCCUUUGGUUGGAAAGUAUUGUGGGACAUCAGUUGAUAGGAUUAUCAUAUCUCAUAGUAACAGAAUGUUCAUAAAGUUGGUGACUGAUCAGUCAUUAUCUGCACCCGGCUUCAGACUUUCUUACGACUCGACGGCAACUGGAUGCGGGGCCGACCUUACAACGCCCACCGGAAGUUUUGUUUCUCCCAAUUAUCCAAAUCCAUAUGGUCAUAAUGCAGAAUGUUUCUAUACAAUAACUGUGUCGAGAGGAAGUCGGGUGCAGCUUACUUUCAUUGACAUGGACAUCGAAGUUCAUGUCAACUGUAACUACGAUUAUGUAGAGGUCAGAGAAGGGGGCUCUGCUGGUAGUUUACUUGGAAAGUUUUGUGGUAACACUAAUCCCGAUCCUGUGACCUCGUCAGGCAAUGUGUUAUGGGUGAAGUACAGGACAGACUACUCUGUGUCAGGGAGAGGAUUCCAUGCUUUCUAUGCCAGCUUGUGUUCAAAUACCUUGACAGGAUUUAGCGGUGUUAUUGAGAGCCCCAACUUCCCGAACCCAUACCCGCACAACCGUAACUGUACCUGGAUAGUACAGGCUGCUCAAGGGAAUACACUCAACGUGUCGUUCUCACAUUUCAAUAUCGAGGCCCAUCCAAAUUGCCAAUAUGAUUAUUUACAGGUAAAUGAUGGUGCUUCAGUGACAUCAAAUUCUCUUGGGACAUUCUGUGGUAUGAAUCUCCCGCCUCCAUUGGUCUCGACCCAGGAAAACCUUUGGAUAAAGUUUGUAUCGGAUUUCUCAGUAGCCACAGCUGGAUUCAGGCUGGAAUAUAUCACAGAUG